GGAGAGUAGACGUUGCUCGCGCGCUUUUGCCGCCUAAUUCCAAAUUCGCAUUCGAAUCGUUCCAUGAUAACGUCUUUAACAUGUUGAUAUAACGUCUUUUCGGUUGACAAGUUUGAAUUGUUUUUUUAUUUAAAUAAGUGUGCUGUGAUUUUUGUAUUUCAUAUAGUGAAAAAUGUUAGCCCAAGGAGUAAUGAAGUUUUUAUGUUUAUUAGUGACAUUUUUCGGAGGUGUCACAAGUCUUCGAGACGUCAUGCUUCUAGUUGAGCCUUCGACAGUUAUCAGGGGUGGCACAGCAGCGCUAAUUUGCUCUCGAGAUAUGCAGGGGGCGCCACUAUACUCCGUGAAAUGGUACAGAGGCAACCAUGAGUUCUACAGAUAUACGCCGAUGGAAGAUCCAGACACCAGAGUGUUUGGACUGCCUGGGAUUUAUGUGGAUAUGAACAGAUCCAACGGUACUCAGGUGUUACUACGAAGACUGGACCUCACGUUGGCUGGGAACUUUAGCUGUGAAGUUACUGCGGACUCACCGUCCUUCGCGACGCAGAUUGCUACCAAAUUCAUCGACGUUAUUGCAUUGCCACCUAUCGCUCCAGUGCUGAAGGCUGAUAAGGAUCGCUACCAGCCAGGAGAGGUGCUGAAGGCAAACUGCACAUCAUCACCAGCGCGGCCAGCUGCCAACCUUACCAUCUACAUUAAUGAGGAGGCUCUCCGCUCAUCAGAAACAAGUCUUCAUCCAUCUGAGAGUGGUUUACUAUGGACCAGCGUCAAAGCAGACGUGAAGGUCACUCCAGAGCUGUUCCUCGGCGGCCGGCUUAGGGUGGCCUGCCUCGCCACAGUGUAUGACGUGUACAGGAGCUCAGCAAACCUGGACUUCUUUACACCUGAUACGGAUCCUCGGCCUGAGAGGAUCACCCUCAACAGUGCAUCCAAGACGUUCCAAAGCUGGAUCCUGUUGUUCCUUCUGUUCUUGCUGCCUGUAGUGAUGGGACAAGACUACAUAGUGCCCUUCGUUGAAUAUGACGAUUAUGAUGAUAAAUACGAAGCCGUGGCCAGGUCAGCCCUACUUGGCGGCUGAAUACAGACCAUAGUUUUAAUUUUAAUAUACGAAUUUAGUGUGAUAAGUAAGUAAUUGUAAACACGAUAUUUUAUUUAAGCACUGCGUUUUUGGAUUUUUUUUACGUUUGAGUGUUUAAUUUUAGUUUUUUUUUUUAAGUUACUCAUUAUGUAUGUAUCAGAACUGAUUUAUUCAUUCCAGAUCUGAUUGAAUAUUAUCGUUAAUUUUGAAAAAAGUAGUAUAUUAUUUGGUAAAAGACACUUUAGUGAAGUUAUUACCACGAAUAGCAAGAAAGUCUUAUUAAAUAGCAAUAUCAAGGUAUAUUUUUGAAUAUAAAAGAUAAACACCUAAUAAAAAAUAACCAUGUGUAAUGUAGACUAAAUACCGUACAUAUUAUAACUUUCUUUAUGUAAUUAAACACCAAAAGUAUUUUUUAUUAAUACCCAAUCUCACACACAAUCACUUUGUUUAAAAAAAUUCUUCGCAUUUUGUGUUUUAUCUGCUUUUUGUGAAGAGUUCAAAUUGCUUUACAUCACAAUUCAAAAAAUAUUAUUCUAACACAAUUUGU